GAAGGGUUCCCAUUGGCUGCUGCUUGGCCGUCUGAAGGCAAAAGGCAGCAUCUGUGGCUCGUGCUGUGCCAGCUGUCCUCUGCUCGCAUACACUGACAAGCACCGACGAGAUUCGAGAAACGGAAAGAUUGGCAGACACUAUGGGGUCCAUGCGCAUUCUCAUCAAGGGAGGCAAAGUGGUCAAUGACGACUUCACCCAGGAAGCUGACGUUUACAUCGAGAAUGGCAUCAUUCAGCAGGUCGGAAAGGAGCUGAUGAUUCCAGGCGGGGCGAAGGUGAUCGACGCCUCCGGAAAGCUGGUGCUACCCGGCGGAAUCGACACCUCCGUGCAUUUGGAGCAGACUUUCAUGAACGCCUCCGUCCAGGAUGAUUUCUACAGCGGCACCAAGGCGGCUCUGCUGGGUGGUACCACCAUGGUGAUGGCGCACGUCCUGCCUGAGCAACACUGCUCCCUGGUGGAUGCCUACGAGAAGUGCCGCGAUCUGGCUGACGCCAAGGCGUGCUGCGACUACGCUCUGCAUGUCGGCGUGACCUGGUGGGGGCCAAAGGUGCGUAACGAGAUGGAGACCCUGGUGAGGGAACACGGGGUCAACUCCUUCCAGAUGUUCAUGGCCUACAAAGACAUGAUGAUGCUGAGGGACUCCGAGCUCUACCAGGCGCUGCAGACCUGCAAGGACAUCGGGGCCAUCGCACGCGUCCACGCCGAGAACGGAGAGCUGGUGGCAGAGGGUGCUAAAGAGGCUCUGGAUUUGGGAAUAAGUGGACCCGAAGGUAUUGAAGUCAGCCGCCCUGAGGAGCUGGAGUCUGAGGCUACUCACAGAGCAGUCACCAUCGCUAAUAGGGCUCACUGCCCCAUCUACCUGGUGAACGUUUCCUGCAUGGGAGCUGGCGAUAUGAUCGCUGCUGCAAAGAUGCAGGGUAAGGUGGUCCAUGCCGAGACCACAGUAGCUCACGCAGUGCUGAACGGGAUGCAGUAUUACCACCAAGACUGGGCUCACGCUGCCGCCCAUGUCAUCGUCCCUCCUCUUCGUCUUGACCCUAACACACCAGGCUACCUGAUGGGCCUGUUGGGCAACGACACCCUGAGUGUUGCGGCAUCAGACCAUCGUCCUUUUAGCACCAAGCAGAGAGCUUUGGGCAAGGAGGACUUCACCAAGAUCCCUCAUGGUGUGGCGGGAGUCCAGGACAGGAUGAGCGUCAUCUGGGAGAGGGGGGUGGUUACUGGAAAGAUGGAUGAAAAUCGUUUUGUGGCCGUGACAAGCUCUAAUGCCGCCAAGAUCUACAACUUGUAUCCACGCAAAGGUCGCAUCAUCCCCGGGGCUGACGCCGACGUGGUAGUGUGGGAUCCAGAUGCAACAAGGACCAUCUCUGUCAGCACUCAGGUGCAAGGCGGAGACUUCAACCUGUACGAGGGGUUGCGCUGCCACGGCAUCCCCCUGGUCACCAUCAGCCGAGGCCGUCUGGUGUGUGAGAACGCCACCUUCAUGUGCGCCGAGGGAUCUGGGAAAUUCUACCCACAGCGCACCUUCCCUGAUUUCCUGUACAAGAAAAUGGUGCAGAGAGAGAAAUCGCAGGCUUAUAAAGGCGUUGACAGGGAUCCCUACUCUGGUGAUGUAGUCAAGGUCACCAACGCAAUGAAGAAGGAGCUUGGUUUGAGCCCCACUGAUGGAGACGGCACCAACAAAGGUGUUGUAAGGGUACAACAGGGGGUUCGAGACCUCCAUGAGUCCUCUUUUAGCCUCUCAGGGUCUCAGGUUGAUGACCAUAUCCCCAAGAGGUCCUCUGCUAGGAUCCUGGCCCCUCCAGGUGGCCGCUCUAGUGGAAUCUGGUAAUCUGUUGUCUGGAGAGAACCCUACAAAACCGUCCAAGCCUCUUUGUUUUGUAUCUUUCUGAACACCCAAGAAAACUGCACUGAUUUUAAAGUGACAAAACGUUUAAUGCUAAAAGGGAAAACAUAAAGACUUAAUUUGUGAUCGGUGGUUUGCUGAAGUCUUAAUUGGCAUCAAAGAGGAAUUAUAUGUUAACUGAAAACCAAGGGAACUAUUAACUGACUACUCAUUGCUGUUGCUGCUAGACGAAAGAAACAGAAAUUCAAACUGAACACUGAAAAAAAAAGCAGUACAGUUUUUAACGGUUUUGAACUGAAGCGAUGUCGACUUAAGUAUCUAAAAAUAGUAGAACUGCAUUCUGUGAAGCACCUCCUGUCACACAUCAACACAGUGUACACUGUAGACACACACACACACACAGGUUUACUCAUUUGAAGGCGUGAGUUCUGUUUGUGAUGUCACAAUUGACUGUUUUCCUUUCCCAUGGAUGAUGGAUCUGUGCAGUGUGGUGAUGACAUCCAACUGCUUCGACACGCUGUGUCAUCUCGCUGCCACACUCGCCAGUCUCUGCCUCAUGCGCAUGCCAAGACACAUGCCAUCUAUCACCAUAGUAACACUCAACAGAGAACACUGGCGCAUAUUUACAUUCUGUAGCUAUAAUCAGACUUAUGUUUACAUGCAACUAACAAACAUGAUGAAGGGUUAUUACAAACCUUUUAUCCAUGCACCCAAUCAGCUUGCACUUGUUUGGCUCGAGUACAGUGGCCUUAAAAGGACAAAAAAGUGGCAUUUGGCAAACUACUCCAGUAAAGUUCCAGCCAGUCAUGAGUAAUGUUGACUAAGAUGGAUGGAAGAAUUUGCAGGGUCACAAGGGAAAAUCCUGAUGGACCUGUGUUAUACUGACUAAUGACAGUGACAGAUUACCAACAGCCACCUGAAGUGAAUACAUCCAACUCUACGGUUAGCAUCACUAAACAAGAGGGCGGGAAGAUUGAGCUGCACACGCUAAAACAAGCACAGAUCCUCUCACCUCCUUGUCAUUCCUUGAAUCUAUUCCCUCAUGACCAUUACCCUGUGUCUGUGUACUGUACAUUUAGGAUGCUUUCUUUUCCUGAAAAAGAAUAAAUGUGCCAAUGUGAGUCACCCGUACCGCACACAAACGCCAUGCACGAAGAGAACCAAGCGGGAUGAAUUGCUACAGGUUCACAACUGGUGCUGUUUUUAUUUUUGUUUUUUUACAAUGGUAUACAAGGGUGUUCAUUUUGUUGUUGUUUAGAAGGCACUGUACAUUGUCAGUGACUGUGCGUUGUGGAUUCUUGUUUUGUUGGAAAGUGAACCUGUUCAGUAUGUACUGUGGCUGCUUGUUUCUUACCACUAAAGUAUUGGUAAACCAAUAA